GUAUUAAAUAGUUUAUGUACAGUUAUACAGAAACGAACCAUCCAACAACAAUAAUAUAAUAGCAGUAAGAUGUUGAGUUUGUUAUCAAGAAGUUUCGUGACUCCAGCUAGGUUGGGAGGUAUCAGGUGUUUCAGUGACAUAGGCUCUCGUUUUGAAGCAGCUCAAGUAAAACUUAACACUCUUACUGAAGACCCGGGAAAUGCUGCUAAACUCAAAAUAUACGGUCUUUUCAAGCAGGCUAACGUAGGAUCAUGCAACAUUCCAAAGCCGGGAGGGUUCAACUUCGUAGCGAAAGCAAAAUACGACGUCUGGAAAGGUUUAGGAGAUAUGACUCAGGAUCAAGCUAAAGAAGAAUACAUUGCAUUUGUAGCAGAGCUGGCUGGGUCAGAGGAACCAGCACCAGCUGCAGCACCAGCAGGCACAGUUGCAGGGUUAGAUGUAACCACUGAGGCUGGUGUUUUGACAAUUAGACUUAACAGACCCGAGAAGUUCAACGCUCUUACUUGGGAGAUGUACACUGGUAUUGCUGAUUCUUUAAUAGCACACGCUGAAGAUCCUUCUGUUAAAGUUGCUGUCCUUACUGGCACAGGUAAGUGGUACUGUGCAGGAAAUGACCUCAGCAAUUUCACCAAAAACAUGCCCGCUGGAGGUCCUCAGGAAAUGGCGCUCAACGGAAAGAACGUUUUGAACCAUUUCUGUGAUGCGAUGAUAAAGUUCCCAAAGCCUCUGAUAGCAGCAGUAAACGGACCAGCCAUUGGAAUACCAGUCACUACACUUGGACUAUGUGAUUUAGUGUAUUGCACUGACAAUGCUACUUUUAAAACUCCCUUCGUCAGUCUCGGACAGUCGCCUGAAGGCUGCUCCAGCUUUAUCUUUCCUAGAACAUUCGGCUUUGCUAAGGCUAACGAGAUGUUAUUAACGGAGAGACAGAUCACAGCACAGGAAGCAUGUGAUGGUGGUUUGGUGACCAGGAUCUUCUCUGAGGAUAGGUUUAGAGACGAGGUGGACAAGGUCGUCAAACACAUGGCAUCCCUUCCUCCACAGUCGAUGAGAAUAAGUAAAGGUCUUAUUCGUCACGAGCUUAACGAGAAACUCUUGGAAGUCAAUGCUCGAGAAUGUGAAGUGCUUAGGGAACGCUGGCUGUCAGACGAGUGUAUGACUGCCAUAAUGAACUUCAUGAACAGAAAGAAAUAAGGCGCGAUAUUCAGAAACGCUCUCAUGUUUUUAUGUGCAAUUUUGUGGCAGAACACCUCGGAUUUUUGUUAUAAUUUACAAGUUCUAUACAAUUUUUGAUCCAAUUUUUGAUUUUAGUAAGUUUUGAUAUCAUUCAUCCAUUAAUUGAUGGACUUUCAAAGCUUUUAGCUGCUUCAUCAUUCAGUGUCAGCUAAUAAUAUUACAAUGUAAUUUGAGUCUGAGUUAGGUUUGUAAAUAUGAAUUAAUAAUAAGGACUAAGAUCACAGAUAUAAAGAUAUUACAAGGUUUGAUCUAAAUUAUAUUGUGAAAUAAUUUAAAUGUUUAUUAAUGA